AUGGGUCAGAUGUCAUCGCUUGCCAACUUGGGCUUACCGCCCAAACUCCUGGCAGCUCAGAGGAAGGGGAAACAGGGCAGCUCAGCAAUUGGAGACACGCAACAAGAGAUGGCUCUUGCGAUGGAGGUUGCUGCUGCUGCCGCUGCGGCAGCUGUAGCCGCAACCAACUGUGGAUCCAAGCGCCUAAAUGCGGAGGCUGAUGAAGCGAGAGCCAGUCAAGGUGCAGAUGCUGCGCGACCAAGCUGGUCUCAACAAGGGGCCCAGAAGCAGGAAGGCAUCCAAGGAUCACAAGGUUCCUUCCCUGUUGUUGACCUCAGGGCCUAUGCUGAAAGAGGUGUCCCGCAAGGUGUGCCAGAGAGCCACAGUCUGUCUUUGCGCGCCACAGAUCCACAACCUUCAGUGAAAGGUUCCGUCCAGGCCUCCGAGGAUGAGAAAGAUGAGAAGCAGCAAGUUGAUGCACAUGGUCCCAUGCAGAUGGUUUUGGAAGAGGACUUGAUGUACAAAGGGGAGGAGUUCGAAGUACAGCAGCUGCACAUUGUUGACAAACUUGAGAGAGCCCAUCAAGAGUUGGCAAAGCAAUGGCAGGAACUUGAUGUGGAAAGGCAGAAAUCAAUUGAAGAACAGGAGCAGCAAAGGCAGCGCAUCCAAGUAUUUGCCAAGGAACAAGCAGAACUUCAGGCCGGGCUAGAAAUUCAGCUUGAAUCAGAGGUCCAAAAGAGAUACGAAUGGGAAACGCACCAGCAACAAUUUUUGGAGCAGCAACAACAACGACUGGAAGAUCAGUGGCAACGAGAACAAGACAAGAGAAAACAGCAAUGGGAGAAGGAACAAGAGGAAGAGUUUUCCAAGCUGCAGCAACGCUUUCAGCACCUUCAACAGCAGUUUCAAGAGAGGCUCGAUUCAGCUGCACAGCCAAGAGCAAUGGAAUCCGGGACUCUUCGGGCUCCGCUGGAUGCGAAUCUGCAGAAAUCUUCUGAGUUGCCUUUGGAUGGAACAAGGCAGAGCACGUCCUCCGAACAGUCCCGCCACCGAACUGCAGAAGAUGCUGCAAGCACGCCAAAUCCAAGUCACGUGAGCCGAGAAGGCUGCUUGCAAGGGUGCUUGCAGGGAUUUCAGAAGUCUAAAGAGUCUAAAGAUCCAAAAAAAGAUCGAAGGUCACAAGAACUACAAGAACCGCUUGCAUGGGCUGUUGAUGUACCUAGAGCCAAAUGCACCAACAGAGAGGCGUCCAGUGGCACAGCGGGAAAUGUUGCAUGUCGAACGGGCGGCAUGGCAGAUUCCGGCACAGGCUGGGCAGAACCCACGACAGCCAGGACAGUGGCAACCAAUGUAGCAGAGUUCGAGUUCAACAAGUCACCUAGACCUAGAGAAGAAGAGACAAAAAAAUUGAAGCACUCUGUGGUUGGCCACUCUGAGUGGGUAGCGUUGCCAAACACAGAGCCAUCUACAGAGCCGAUCAUGCCUACGCCAGACACGCUUAGAGAACCUCUGGCACUGGCAGGAAGCUAUCGUGGACGGCCAGCUGCCAAAGCUGCCAAAGCUGCCAAUCCUAGGAAUUUCUCGGAAACAGAUCAGCUUGGCAUCUGUGGACAGAAAUUCACAAAAGGACAUCUGGACGAUCCAAGAUAUGGCACAAACAGCACCAGCGGUACAGCCCAGCAACUCACAGAGCUUGGCAAAGCGCAAUCGAAGCAUCAGGAACUCCCUGGGAGUGAUGGAGCCUUUCAGAGGGCCUUGAAUGGAAGAGGGAUUUGGCAGCUUGAAGAGCGUGAGGAUUGGUCUUCCCUGAAGAUCACUGCCUCGCUUGAUGCAGAUGGUCGAGUUGUCUCCGAGGAAGAGCAAACCGGAGCUGACUUGCAGGAUCUCCGGUGCUUGGAUUCAGCCCCAAGAAGGAGCAGUACCUCAAGUUCCUCCAAAAAGAAAUUGCAGCACAGAGAGCUUUCCUCAGGGACAUCAAGAACGCUAGAAAGUACGACGGUCUUGCUGUGA